UUGUUGUUUUAUUUCGGCGGACACGCGCAUGUGAACAUCGUACGUGCGCGCUUCCGUAAAGCAGUGACAAAGAUGGCGGCCACCGCCGGAUCAGUCGUUGUUCCCCGCAGCUUUCGGCUGCUGGAGGAACUGGAGGAAGGCCAAAAGGGAGGUGGAGACGGCACAGUGAGCUGGGGCCUCGCGGACGAUGACGACAUGACACUAACUCACUGGAAUGGCAUGAUCAUCGGCCCCGCGAAGACUGUCUAUGACGGCAGGAUAUACAGUCUGAAAAUAGAGUGUGGACUCAGAUACCCAGAGCACCCCCCUCUGGUCCGCUUUGUGAACAAGAUCAACCUGACUGGCGUACACACUUCAAACGGUGUGGUGGACAUUAAGUCGUUGACAGGUCUGUCCAGGUGGAAAAACUCCUACAACAUCCGGAUGGUGCUGCAGGAGCUCAGGCAGCACAUGAUGUCGAAAGAGAACAGCAGGCUUUCCCAGCCGCCCGAAGGCCACGUGUACAGCAACUGAGGCCCCUGCUGCUGUCCCUCCCCGUCAUCCACACACACACACACGCACGCACACACCGACACAUGCAUAGCAUCCUAAACACUUAACACUGACUCUGCCAUGUUCAAACUACACAACCAUCACGUAAUCCAAGACUCUCGACUCCCACUUGCUUCUUUGGGAGCCUUCCCAUUGGACAGAGGGAGGAAUGUGCAGGUGAACCUGACCUCCUCACCUCAGCACCCAGCUAUCCAUUAAAGUUCACGGUGCAGAGCAGACAUUAUGAAAAACAAGAAUACUGUACAUCUUACUAAUGUUAUUUUCUAUUCUUUGUGUUCUACAUCCAGAUUGUAAAAUAACAAUUGAGCUGAUUGAGUGUACCAAUCAUGUGUGUGUGCUGGAUCCUUCACGAGGUGACAGUCCCUGUUGUAUGGGUAUUGUGUUGAGGGAUUUGAAUCACUCACUCCUCAGCAAAACUAAUAUACUUCUGUAAGUCCGACUGAAAUGUUAAAUGUUCAAACCAUUCGGUUGUUUUUUCGUUAAAACAACAAACAUCUCGCUGAAGCACAUUCCCCUCACAAAAAAAAAGAACCCAAACAAUGCUUUGCUUGGUCUCCAAAGGCCAUGUUAGUCUCAAAUUCCCCCCCAGCUUCCACAAUCCCGACGAUGUGAAUUUGACGGGCCUUCCUUAAACGAGUGCAUGUCCGGUACAUGGGAAUAAACUGCUACUAGACAUUCAGCGACAUAUGUAUCAACGGGGCACUACUGGCUCAUCACUCAUGUUCUCAGACUUGUCUUCUGUGUGCCAUAUGGUUCAUAGCGCUUUGUGAUAGUGAUUGAUUAUUAGCAGCCGGUGGGGGGUAGGGUGGGGAGGGGGAUGGGAGGGGCUACAGGUCCUUGUGCUUUCUCUCUUCAGAGAACGUGGAGUUUGUGUGCUUGGCACCUUUUCAGGAUCACCACUGUACUGUGGCCUGUGCAGAGCAGGAGGAGCUGUGAUUCUUUUCUUCUUGUUUGCUGUUUUUUGGGUCCUCGUUUUGUUCUAUAGUCUCUGGGCUGACCUGUGUGUGCUUAAUGGAGUUGUCUGUUCUCUCAUACAGUGAAUGCCCAUGAGCGUAUGUAAUGUACGGCUUUGGAUGUUUAUUUUAUAACAGGGGUUGAAUCUAAUCAGGGUGAUGGUGACCUGUUGCAUGGUUUUAUUUGAAUUAAACGUUAUUACUUUUGCA